AUGCCUCGGACGGUCAAAUACCAUGUCGAUGACAAACGGUCUUAUGGAAAGCCUGGAAAGAAGUCUAUCCCUGUAAAACGAAAACAAUGUGAAACCGAUGAGAAAAUAUUUCCAUCCGUGGUUCCUGGCCAACCAACUGACUGUGCUGACAUCCAGACCCUAGGGGCAAACGUCAGUGGUGUCUAUGCCAUAUACCCUGGGAAGCAUACCAAUGUUUAUUGUGAUAUGGAGACGGAUGGGGGUGGUUGGACCGUUUUCCAACGUAGAAGUGAUGGCUCUGUAGACUUCGGUCGAAACUGGUCUGACUACAAGACUGGUUUUGGAAGUAUUUCUUCCGAGCACUGGCUAGGUAAUGAUAUGAUUCAUCAACUAUCGAAUCAGAGGAAUUACGAACUGCGGGUUGAUCUGGAAGACUACGACAGAAAUACUAGAUAUGCAAAUUAUGCCCUGUUUCGAGUUGAUAAUGAAACGCUUGGCUACAAACUGAAUGUCAGCGGCUAUUCGGGCAAUGCAGGCGAUAGUCUUGGUUAUCACAGCGGGCAGAUGUUUAGCACAGCAGAUAACAAGAACAAUGGGUAUCAUUAUAAUUGUGGACGCAUGUUCAAUUCAGGAUGGUGGUUCAAGUACUGCUACAGAUGUAACCUCAACGGGGAAUAUCGACAUUAUCAGGGCCGAAAAACUAGUACAGGAUUCACGUGGGGAACUUGGAAAACUGAAGACUCUUGUAAGAUGAGCGAAAUGAAAAUUCGACCCACAUUUGAAGAGCAAGAUCUCUAA